AAUCUCAAAGUUACCGAAACCUAGCCAAAGUCAAAAAAUGGAACUUAUGAAAGGGUAUCUAACCAGAAAAUCAUCUUUUGGUGGUGUCACAGUGAGAGGAAUCUUGAUCCUAUUUUUCCUGUGUCAUGUUGGCUAAACCUUUUUGCCCCCUCUCUCUCACUCCACCGUGUUGAUAUUUUGAAAUUUUCAAGUGUGUUUGGGUGUUUGGUUUCUUAUAAAUCUAAAGGAAAAAUGUGUUGUCAUUAAGGAAGUGAUAUAUUUUCAACAUUCCUGAGCUUCCAUUCACCCCAAGGAUGGUGGGUGGGGAAGCCCAGCAGGCGGAUUCGGCCGAGUCGGAGUGCGGGUCGUCCUCGUCCUCCAGGACGGUGAGCUUCGCCACCUGCAGCGUCUGCCAGCGCGCGUACCCCGGCGCGGCGGCCCUGGGCAAGCACCUCGAGACCCACCUGCCCGCCUACGUGCCCGAGGACGGCGAGGAGGCCGAGGUGCUGGAGUGCGACGUCUGCGGGGAGCAGUUCCCCAACCCGGAGGCCCUCGUGCUGCACCUGUGGACGCACGCGCGCCUGCGCGAGGAGGAGGGCGAGAGCGAGGACACCGUCAAGGAUGGCGGCAAGGACGCCGUCAAGGAUGGCGGCAAGGAUGGCGGGCACGACAGCGACGACGAAGCGGCGACCUGCGACCUCUGCGGCGAGGAGUUUCCCAACGCCGACGCCCUCGUGCUCCACCUGUGGAAGCACGCACGGGAGAGUGACGGCGGAGGCGGCGGCGGCGACGGCGGGGAGGACGGCGAGGACCGAGGCGGCGGGCAGGGCGGCGGCGGGAACGGCGCGGACGGCGACAACGAGGACGCCUACAGCGAGGACGCCGACAGCGAGGACGCCGUCGACGAGGGCGCCGUGGACGCUCCUGGCGCUCCUCAAGCGGGGGCGGACGGGGCCGACACUGCCAAGCCCUUGCGGUACGCCUGCAAGCGGUGCGGCAAGACUUACAGCAGCAAGAUGUCGCUGUAUUGCCACCGGAAGGCGCACGACCUUCACCCCUGCGACCUCUGCGACAGGUCCUUCAAGGGCCGCACGGGCCUCAAAAUCCACCGGAGGAAGUCUCACUCCAUCGGGCCGGCGGGGGCAACCUCGGGGGCAACCUCGGGGGCAACCCUCUCGGCCGAAAAGGCCGCUGCGGCCCCGGAAAUAACAGACUCCAGCAGUGAUUACUUCAAGUGCCACGAGUGUUUAAAGAAGUUCAAGAACCAGGCAUGGUUGACCAGGCACAAGAGCCAGGGCCAGUGCGACUCGUCGGGCGAGCACAAGAGCCAGUGCGGCUCGCCAGGCAAGCCCAAAAGCCAGUACGGCUCGCCAGGCAAGCCCACUCCGCGACUAGCUGUCCAUCGCGGCGUGUUAAUUCCUCCUAGGUUCAAAUGCCCGCCUUCCAAGAAGAAGAGUGCAGACAGACCUUACCGCUGCUCAUUCUGUCCGUGGUCUUUCAAAGCUGUAAACCAUUUGAAAGAGCACUUGCUGGUACACUUGGGGAUAAAACCCUUCCCCUGUCUCACUUGUGACAGAAAAUUUAGAAGUAAAAGAGAUAUGAAAAAACAUUUUCAAAUAUGUAAUCUGAAGAAAGUUAUUUGACAUGGUGUUGCCCUGUGCUAAAAUGUGUUCGAACAAUGUUUAGUUUUAAGCUCCACUUUCAAUGAUUUUAAAUGUUUUUAACCACCGCUCCAGUGCAUGAUUAUGUAGUUGGAUGUUUUCUCUUUUAAAACGUGUCAUUACAAUGCAUUCUUAUUUUGUUAUUAUUAUUAAGAAAUCUCAUUCCAAAUAAACGCGUGCUUUGUUCUUU